UAGAAGAAGAGGCAGUGUGACGUCAGACAGUGCGCAGACGGUUUUCCCUCGUUGACUCGAAGCUUCAGAUGAUCCCGAUGUUCCGUUAAAACGCGUCAGUGUUUGAAGUUUCAGCGCAGACACCGCGUCGCGUUCACCGCUGGAGGCAGAAGACUUCGUGCCGUCCUGUUAACCGGGCAAGAUGUUCAACAAGUCAUUCGGGACUCCCUUCGGUGGAGGAACGGGGGGAUUCGGCAACUCUUCCACCUUCGGACAACAAAACACAGGCUUUGGGGCGGCAGGAGGAUUUGGGGCUUCUACGUUCGGGACGACCACCAACACUGGAGGACUGUUUGGUUCCACACAGAAUAAACCUGGCGGUCUGUUUGGAUCCAGUACGUUCACUCAACCAGCGACUUCCGCGCCGAGCACCGGCUUCGGCUUCGGUGCCGCGAGCGGAACCUCCACCAGCUUGUUUGGCAACACGGGAACCGGCACCAGCACCGGACUCUUCUCCCAGCAGAGUAAUGCCUUCAGUGCCAACAAACCCACCUCUUUUGGAAGCUUCGGGACCAGCACCAGCAGCGGCGCCGGGCUCUUCGGAUCCACCAACACCGCCUCCAACCCGUUCGGUGGAACGAGCUCUCUGUUCGGAGGAGGCGCCGGGUUCCCCGCGGCACAGCAGCCGGGAACAACCGUGAAAUUCAAUCCUCCAAUAGGAAAUGACACGAUGGUGAAAGCUGGUGUGACCACGAGCAUCAACACCAAACACCAGUGCAUCACGGCCAUGAAGGAGUACGAGAACAAAUCCCUGGAGGAGUUGAGGUUUGAGGAUUACACAGCGGGCAGGAAAGGACCGACCACUCAGAUGGCUGCAGCGACAGGCAGCUUGUUCAGUGCGACCGCGGCCGCGCCCAGUGCCACCACUGGGCUGUUUGGUGCCACGGCCCCCAACACCAGCUUCUCCUUCGGACAGAACAAAGGCACCUUCGGAGCAGCGCCCGCCGGGUUCGGUGCGCCCACAAGCGGCCUGUUCACACAGCCGGCACAGCAACCAGCCGCCAGCCUCUUCAAGCCGUUCGGUCAGACGACCACCGCGCCGAACACCGGCUUCUCCUUCGGUAACACCAACACCAUGGGACAGGCCAACACCAGCACCAUGGGUUUGUUUGGGAGCACGGCACAGCCUCAGACGGGCGGGUUGUUCGGCGCCGCUCAGACCAGCACGGCUGCAGGCUUCGGGGCGGGCACUGGGCUGUUUGGACAAACCAACACCGGGUUUGGAAACGUUGGCACACAGAGUUUAUUCGGUAAUAAAACGGCCGGAUUCGGCACCACCACCACCAGCGCUCCCUCCUUCGGCACCGGCACUGGACUCUUUGGCAACAAGCCGGCUCUCACGCUGGGAACCGGAACCAACACCUCUACCUUUGGUUUCGGAGCGAAUCCGGCUGCAGGGAGUCUGUUUGGAAACAAACCGGCCACUGGGGGACUGGGCACUGGAAUGGGAACCAGCUUUGGAGCAGCAGUAGGACCAGGACAGACGUCUCUGUUCGGAAACAACCAGAACAAACUGGGAACCACGCUGGGAACCAUGGGAUCAUUCGGAACGACAGCGUUCAACAGUGGAACCAGCACGAUGGGAUUCGGAGCUCCACAGCAACCAGUCGCGCUCACUGAUCCCAGCGCAGCGGCGGCUCAGCAGGCCAUGCUGCAGCAGCAGCUCAGCGUUCUGGCGUAUUCACCGUACGGAGACUCGCCGCUGUUCAGGAACCCGCUGUCCGACCCCAAGAAGAAAGAGGAGCGUCUGAAACCAACCAAUCCCACGGCCCAGAAGGCUCUGACCACACCCACCCACUACAAGCUGACCCCUCGACCUGCGACCAGGGUCCGCCCUAAAUCGCUGACGUCAGCCGGCUCCUCCAAGUCGCAGCUCUUCGACGGCCUUGAUGAUGACGAGCCCUCGCUCACCAACGGAGCCUUCGUGCCCAGAAAGAGUAUAAAGAAACUUGUGUUGAAGAACCUGAACAGCAGUCAGUACAGCAGUCAGCCGGAGACGGAGACAGACGACCUCGCUUCCCCCCCCGAGUAUCCACAGAACGGACACAGCCUCAUGGAGGAGGAGGAGGAGCUGGGGGGCACUGGCAGCCAGGCAGACGAUGACCCGGAGGUCACCCAGUUCUACGUUAACCCCAUCGCCAAGCCCAUCCCACAGGGCCGCGCCCAGACCAGCCUGCAGGACACCAUCAGUGACCUGAACAUGCACAAAGCGGCGAGGAACGGCCUGGAGCUGAGCAGUGAGGACGUGUUGGCGUCUCUGGGGGAGGAGUCUCUGCAGGAGGAGAGAGAGGACGAGCAACAGGAAAUUCAACAGUCUCCUCAUCCAGCAGGCAUCGUCCUCAACCGUGUGGGUUACUACACCAUCCCCUCCAUGAAGGACCUGGCUGACAUGACGGACGAGCACGGAGAGUGUUUGGUGGAAAACUUUACCAUCGGCAGGAAAGGUUAUGGCUCCAUCUUCUUCCCCGGUGAGGUGAACGUGAGUGGGCUGAGCCUCGACGAGAUCGUCCACUUCAGACGCAAGGAGGUCAUCGUGUACCCGGAUGACAAAAACAAGCCGCUGGAGGGGGAGGGGCUCAACAGACGAGCCGAGGUCACCCUGGAUGGCGUUUGGCCAAAUGACAAAACGACCUGUACUCAGAUCAGGAGCCCCGAGCGUCUGGCCGACAUGAACUACGAGGGUCGGCUGGAGAAAGCCUCGCGCAAACAGGGAGCGCGUUUCCUGGAGUACAGAACUGAGACGGGGUCCUGGGUGUUCGAGGUGGCCCACUUCUCCAAGUACGGCCUCCAGGAUUCUGACGAGGACGAGGACGUCCCUCUGAAAACCGACCCCAAAAAGUUGAAGACCAUGAUGUCACCUCCUCCAUCCAAGCUGCAGCAGCAACCUCCGCCCUCCCAGCACCAGGUGGCGCCACAGGCUCAGUCCACUGUGGUGGAUCCUCCCAGUGGCGUGGCGGAGCUGGACAGCGACAUGGCCGACAUCACCCAGAGCUUCCCGACAGAGAGCAUGCUGGGAGUGGAGGAGGACAGCGACCUGCCCGGGGAGACGGACACGACAUGCAGGAAGCUCGGAGGUUUGACCUCUGCUGAGCUCGAUGGUAUCUCUGCCUCCAGCCACAUCGCGUCAACGUUGGGCAUCAACCCGCACACGCUCCAGAUCAUGAAGGCCUCCCUGUUCGCUGAGGACGAGGAGGAGAGCGAUUUGUUCCAGGGCCGAGCAGCGAUGAAAGUUUCCACUGAGGUCUCGUCCCCUCGCAUCGUUCUGCCCGGAGCUCAGAGCCGGACCUCUGUGGGGGGUCUUCUUCAGGCUCGUUUUACCUCCGGCCUCCUCUCUCAGCUCUCAGACUCUCCUCAGCCUCCUCGGUCCCGGGCGUCCUCGACGUUGGGCGACAACCCCCGCUCAUUACACUGGGCAGCACAGGGUCCCUCCUUCCUACUGCCCCCCCGAACUCCAGAGCCGUCCAUCAGGACGGUUGGCGUGCGGCGCCUGGGCGGCCCCGUCCCUCUCGAAGAGUCGGUCACUUUGGGGAAGGGAGCUUUGCUGAUGGAUGUCGGGCUGUUCAAGGGCCGGUCCUUUCGUGUGGGUUGGGGUCCUGGCUGGAUGCUGGCGCACUGUGGAGCACGGCUCAGCUCACCGGGCUCUAAACAGCUCGACCACAGAGACCUGAGCUCCAAGACCGACUUCAGCUUCCUACCCAAACCUGCCAGGAAUAAACCACUCGUGGAAAGCCCCUACAAAGUGACGCUGGAGCAGCUGGUCGGUCUGGAGCCUCAGGUGACGAAGACCGGGGAGGGAGAGGAUGAAGAGAGCCAGACAGUGCUGCAGCGCCCCCUGGAGAUCUGCCUGGAGCACAGCACCAUCAGCACCACAGACUCCUCCCCCUGCCCUCUGGUGCGACCACAGACUGGAGUGGCAGCGCUGCACGAAUACGCCAAGUGGAUCACAGAGCUGAAGGACACGCAGGGGGACGCAGACCCUCUCCUGGGCCACUGGGCCGAGGUGUGGACCCUGUGUGAGGCUCUUUGGGGCCGGCUGGGCCCCGCCGACCAAGAGCCAGACAUCGAGACGCAAAGUGACUACGAGCAGCAGUUGGAGAGACGGCGGACCUUCUCUGCCUGGCUGUCCCGUGGCGCCACCUGCAGGGUGGAGGAGGAGGUGGCUCUGGCCGGGAAGGGUCGCCACACGGAGGCCAUCUUCAGCUACCUGACGGGCAACCGCAUCAGUGAGGCGUGUCGAGUCGCACAGCGGGAGGGCGACCAUCGGUUGUCCCUGCUGCUGUCUCAGGCCCUGGGCUCUCAGUACUGUCGUGAGCUGCUGGCUCUUCAGCUCGCCGACUGGAACCGCAUGCAGACCGACAGCUACCUGCCAGAGGAACGACUUCGCAUCUUCACGCUUCUGGCAGGGAAACCUGUGUGGCAGUCGUCGGACUCCGUGGUGAACGUCUGCUCCCAGUUGGACUGGAAACGCUGCGUGGCCGUCCACCUCUGGUUCAUGUUGCCUCCGACUGCCUCCAUGGCCGAUGCCCUCGCUAAAUAUGAAGCUGCCUUCCAGGGCUCAUGUGAGGGGGGUAAGUACGCCUGUGCCCCCCUGCCUCCCUACCUGGAGGUGGAGAAGAUGGACAUGGAGGAGGAGGAGGAGGAGGAGGAGGAGUCCAAACGACCUCUGUACGACCUCUGUUUCCACCUGCUCAAACUCUACAGUGACAGACACUACAGUCUGCAGCAGCUGCUGGAUCCUCUCACCGUCACCUGGGAGCGUCUGGAUUACCGUCUGAGCUGGCACCUGUGGGGCGUCCUGCAGGCGCUGCACUACAGCCACCUGAGCGCCUCACGCCAGGGACUCCUCCACGCCAGCUACGCCGCACAGCUGGAGAGCGCCGGCCUCUGGCACAUGGCCGUCUUCAUCCUCCUGCACAUCCCCGACCACGCUCAGCGGGAACGAGCCGUCAGAGGGAUGUUGACCCUCCACUGCCCCCUGCAGGAGACCGACGAGUCUGUCCGGAGGGAGCGCUUCCUAACGGAGAGACUGCUGAUCCCAGAGCAGUGGAUCCACGAGGCCAAGGCCACACGAGCACACCGAGACGCAAACCGACACCAGGAGGCGCUGCAUCUGUACCGGGCCGGAUUCUGGAACCAGUGUCACCGGCUGCUGAUCCAACACCUGGCUUCAGACUGCAUCAUCAACGACAACCACGACUACCUGCUGGAGUUCCUGGAGGGGCUGGCGGUCCCUGAACACAGCACCAGCAUCCAGGACUGGGACACUGCGGGGAGGGUUUACCUGGACUACAUCAGGGUCAUCAAGACUCUGCAGGACAUCCAGCAGAUGGAACACGCUGGUUACGAGCUCGAGCGGCUGUACACCGACGUGACGUCGCUCUGCGGCAGAAUCGAACUCCUGCCCUGCCGGACGGCCAGAGACCGGCUCGCCCAAUCAGAAAUGGCGAAGCGUGUGUCCAACAUCCUGCGUGCGGUGCUGAGUCUGCAGCAGGGCGACUCGGCGUCCGACUCCCUCGGCAUCCCGCUCGCCCAGCUGGCGCCACACAUCACCCGCCUGCCGAUGCCGGAGGACUACACGCUGGAGGAGCUGCGAGGCCUCACGCAGUCCUACCUUCGGCAGCUCAUCAUCAGCCAAUGAGAGCGCAGAACGAGAGCAGAGACUGUCAUGGCCGACGUCCUGACGACGCAGAGACAAUCGGUUCAUCGGUUCCUCGACGUCGUCUGUUUGAGCUGCUUCAGUUUCUCUAGCAGGAAAAAAACUAAGCUCCGCUGAUUGGUCACGAAACAGGAAGUGUUUGAAACAACAACAGGAAAUGAGUCUGAGCUUUUUCACAUUUUAAUCGGUGGAAACUUCCUAUUUGGUUUCAAAUUUCUGGUUAAAUGUCCACUUCUCAGUCUUCAUUUGUGGAACUAAAGAUAUUUUCCA